GCUAGGAGUUUCCGGUUCCGGUCCCGUGCCGGGUACUGCCCACGUGCCGGACGCGGCGCUGCGGGAUGGCGGAAGGUGGCGCGGGGGAGCCGCCACCGCCGCCCCGGGCUCCGCUUGAGCGGCUUGUUCUGAAGAAUGCGGCCGAGCACCACUACCUGCGGGUCUCGCUGGAGUUCCCGGACGGCGGCGUCCGCCUCAACGCCGCGCACUUCAAGCAGCUCGUCGUCUCGGCCCUGAAGGAGCUGCACGGAGAGGUUGGUGCAGCUUUGCCUGUUGAUGUUUUAACGUAUGAUGAAAAAACCCUGUCUGCUAUACUGAGAGUUUCUAGCAGUGGCUUUGUCAAGCUGUGGAGUGCUUUAACUUUGUUGGGCUCGUACCAGAACCGAAAGUGUGCCUUCAGAGUGGUGCAGACAUCUCCAUUCCUGCUCGCGUUAUCUGGGAACAGUAGAGAGCUAGUGUUGGACUGAAUACACAGAACAGUUGGUUGGACUGUAAAAA